GUGCGAAAUGUCACUCCAUCACUUUGUUUUGAUUCGGCGCGCUGGAGGAAUGGCUUUGACAAGUGCUUGGAAGGUGGAAGUGUACAGUAAUGUCAACAACUCCGUUUUGUUGUGAAGUAAUACAUUAGGUGGUUACAAUACGUCAGCCUUAUAGUUAUUCGGAUUCAUGUGCUAUUUUUUUGACCCUAAUUGAUGUCCGACACUGGCGGUAAGCACUCUUGCUGGUACUGGCUGCCAAUCAGCUUCGUGGGACUGCUCUACGUGAACAUAGUGGCUCGUCUAGGGACGGGGUGCCCCCAUAAUUUAAACAAAUAGAUAAAUAUUGGUUUGCAAGUGGACCUAAUAAAACCUUCGCAGAAGAAUGUUCAAGUUUAAUUUUAAUGUUGAUUCCGAAGAGGCAGAGGUUUUGGACGACAAAAAAUGUGUUGAUCAAGAACCGGAAUCCGCCGAAUCCGUUGAAUGUUACGACUCGGAAAUGAUCAUUGUUGAAGAGAAACACUUCGAAAAUUUGGAUAUUUACAGAGCAACCUGCACAACAGCAGAAUAUGGGGAUUUGGAGAUGAGUUAUUUAUUGGCGGGAUGCGUAGGAGAGAUUCUUAAAGAUAAGGGAACGGACAUAAAACAGGCAGAGGAGAAGCACUCAGAUUUAAUACCAGGAGUAUACGAAGGAGGCGCGAAAAUUUGGGAAUGCACGGAAGACUUGCUCCAGUAUAUGGCAAGAAACCCCGAAUCAAACAUCUUCCAGGAAAAACGCAUUUUAGACAUGGGGUGUGGAGCUGGGCUUCUUGGAGUUUACACCCUAUUGAAAGGCGGCACAGUUGAAUUUCAAGACUAUAACAAAGACGUCUUGGAAACAAUCACAAUUCCCAACGUCCUUCUCAAUCUUGCUGAUUCGAAAGAGGAAAUUCAAAGCAAUUUAGGGAGGGUUUCAUUCUACUCCGGUGAUUGGUCCAAGUAUGCGGAGCUCACAAAAGACGAUGAAAAAUUCGACAUAAUUUUAACAUCAGAGACGAUCUACAAUCCAAAUAAUUACAAGAAACUUGCGGAUGUGUUCAAAAGAAAGUUGAAAAAAGAUGGUCAAAUAUUGUUAGCAGCAAAAAUUUAUUAUUUUGGUGUUGGCGGUGGUUUAAGGACGUUUGAAGAGUAUCUUGCGAACGAUAAAACCUUCGAUUCCAAAUCUGUUUCGCAGUCAGCGAGUGAUGUUCACAGAGAAAUAUUGGAAAUUAGGUUUAAGGAAAAUGUGCAAUAAUUUUCAUAUUGACGAGACAAUGAAUAUUAUUUUUUUA